CCAAUUUUGUCACCAUGGUAACGGAGUCAGACAAUCACGUGGUCAGAGCCAGACGUCCAUACUCUGCACCUGUCAAAUUACGGUUUUAUUAGUAAUCGUGUAAUUACCCAGAUGACUGUGUAGAUGCUGUAGCUUAUAUUUAGGCAGUAGGUAUUAUUCCCCUGCUAGGUGCUCCAGCUGAAACUUCAGUAAAAAUGGCUUCACUUCCAAAAAGAUACGACACCAGCACAUGACCUUAAUUUGUUUCCUGUCAUGGCCUCUGAUGGUUCACCAUCCCAAGAUUCUCAGAAGAAGAAAAAGAAAACGAGCAGAAAGGGGAAGGGUGAAGGUGUAAAGGACACAGAGAUCCAGGUAGAGAGUCUUACAGCAUGUGGACACGGCGCUCUACAACAGGGAGACAGCUCAAAGGCUCUUGAAUACUUCAAAAAGGCUUUCAAAACUGCCGUGAACCUCAAAGAGACUAAAGUACAGAGGGCUUGUGCUUUUAACCUUGGAGCAGCAUAUGUGGAGGCAGGUAAGCCCCAGAAAGGGCUUGAUUUUCUGUCACAAGCUGAGCCAAGUGAUAAAGGUGAGCGCGUGGCGGAUCUGCAGUUUAAUCUAGCAGCAGCACAUGAGGCUCUGGAUGACCAUGUGCAAGCUGUCAGACACUACCAACAAGCUGCACACCUUUAUCGCUCACAAGGUGAUGGGAGCAGUGAAGGGGACACCUGCAUCAGACUGGCCCACUGUCACCUGCGCAGGAAGGAGUGGAGUGGCGCAGCAGAGAAUUACCUGCGUGCAGCAGAAAGCUAUAAGGUGUCAGGGAAGCUGGCCUCUUCUGCUGUGGCCCUGAAGGAUGCUGGGAAUCACAUGUUGAAAUGUGACUGCUUCACAACAGAUGAUGUCAUUAGUGUUCUCACGGAGUGUUUGGAGCUGAGUGCCAAAAUCACAGAACCAGAGACAUUAGGUAAGCUGUAUAAUGCAGUGGGGUUGAGUUUCUCUCAGCUGAAGCUUUUUCCUGAGGCUGCUGAGUGCUAUGAGCUGGCUCUGCCUCUGGUGCGCUCCACUCCACGUAGGCUAGCCGUGGUCAUGCAGAAUCUGGGUGCGGUCCACAACUCCCUGGCGCAAUACCGGAAAGCUCUGGAAUACCACAGAGAAGCAGCUGCACUGCAUGGGUCGUUGGGUAGCCGUCGGGCUCAGGGCUGCUGUUUCUGUAACCUGGCUUACGCUCUCAGUGAACUAGGGGAACUGGAUGAGGCAGGAGAGAGCUACCUCCACGCUCAACAGGCUUUCAAAGACAGCGAUGAUUCCUCAGGGCACUGGCAAGCGUGUGAAGGUCUGGGUGGAAUCAAAAUGAGACUGAGGGACCCAGACAAAGCCAUUCUCUGUUAUAAGCAGGCACUAGCACUGCUCUCCAAGUGCAAGCUGUUGCUGAACACAUCAACGCCUUGCUUCCAGGAUGUCUCUAGCUCUGUGCAGGAAAGCCUUGUCAAUAAGCUAAGUGAGGCUUUACAGAUGAAACUGGCCAUCCAGCAGAGAGGUCCCCUUGUAAGGCAAGCUAUCAAGGAGAGAAACAUGAACAGGCAACACCUGCGAAUAACUCAGAUGAGGAACACUGAGGAAUUGAUGGCCGAGCACAGCAGAAAAGAACCACUGAGUAGUCACAGGAUAGAGGAUAAAGAAUGGAGACCUACAGAAACAUGUGAACAGAGGAAACCUCAUGGUGAUAUGACCAUAUCAUCAAGAGCAACACAAACAGAGUGUCCUGAUCACAUGAACACACUACCAGAAGCCAAUAGGAAUCUGAAUAACACAUAUGAGAAACCUCGCCUUGAGUAUAAGAAUCCCACAGACUCCCAUUUACACUCACAGCAGGAUGAAGCCAUGUGUGAAACCUCCAUACAGAACCCACUGGAAUCAACCAGUGCACCCCCAUUGGAGGAGCACACUGAGGCCUUACCUUCAGCGCAUCUUCACAGUGAGGAGUCGACAUCCAUACACAGGACCUUAAAGUCCAGAUUCUGCACAGUCAUGUGACCACGGCCAGGUCAUAUCUGUCUUUCCUCUCCCAGGGAUUUUAUCAGAACAGCUUCAGGUUCAUUUUCAAAUCGAAACUGAACUAUAUUCUUUCUGGGUGACCUGGAGCAAAAAAAAGACAAAGGACACAUUAUAUCCUGUUAUAAAUAUUGUUAUAAAUAUUGAUUAAAUCUACUGAUGCCAUAUGAAAAUCUAAUUUUGAAACAAUGUUCAUAAUCUCAAAUUAUCUACUGAUUGUCCUGCUUUUAUAGUCUAUGCAUCCAUUUUCUUCCUCACUUAUCCGCCACAAAUGAGCAUCUCUGUGAUGAAAGUUUGCCCUAAUUGGGACUUGAAAUACUAUCACUGGAUUAUUGAAUACAGCACUGCCUCCAAGACUGA